AGCAUCAUUUUCUUACUUUUACAUUUUUUCAUAUCCAUUUCCAAAGUGGAAAAUGUUAAUAUUUUGGGACUGAUGGCAGUUGCGUCUCCAAGUCAUCAUAUUUGGAACAACGCCUUAAUGCAAGCACUUGCUGAAAAAGGUUACAACGUCACAGUCCUAUCGCCUGACAUCGAAACUCGUGAUAUUCCUCCAACGCUUCACUACAUUCACGCAGAAGAAACUUACAACACAAUUGCAAAAAGUCCCAAUGGUUUAAAUUUACUUGGAGGAGUUGAUAAUUCAGCAUUUGAAGAAAGCAAGACUCCAUGGCGUUUUGGAGAGCUUGGAUGUCGUGGAAUAAUCAACUCGAAAGGUUUUCAAACUCUUUUGAAUUAUCCUGAUGAUUUUCAUUUUGAUGCGGUCAUUUAUGAUUUUACAUGUGGCCCAUGUUUGCUUGGGUUUGUGCAUAAGUUCAACUAUCCUCCGUUGAUUGGAAUAACGGCUUUUGGAACACCUCAUUAUACGAACGAUAUUAUGGGAGGACACAAGGCAGACGCUUUUGUACCACAUUUUGCUCUGGAAUAUGGAAAUGAUAUGAACAUAAUUGAACGGUUUCAUAAUGUUUUGGUGCAUGGAUUUGAUUACAUGUAUCGCGAAUUCAUAGCUAUCCCAACGCAAGACGCAAUGAUGCGAGAAUAUUUUCCUUCAAGUCCAAAUUUUGGUGAAAUUGAAAGAAAAAUGCGAGUAGCCUUGGUCAACACUCAUUUUUCUGUCGAAUAUACUGAACCAACACCUCCAAAUAUCAUUCAAGUUGGGGGCCUUCAAAUCAAGAAACCAAAUAUUUUACCAGAGCGAAUCAAAUCAUUUAUCGAAUCCUCUAAGAAAGGAACAAUCCUUUUUUCUCUUGGUACAAAUAUGAAAAGUGAAUUAAUGGAUGAUUCUCGUAAGUUAGCAUUUCUCUCGGCAUUUGAGCAGUUUCCAGAUUACCAUUUCCUAUGGAAAUACGAGUCAGAUAAUUUACCUACAAAGAAAAUCCCUAAAAAUGUUAUGCUUUCACCUUGGCUGGACCAAAACAGUAUCUUAGCUCAUAGGAAUGUCGUUGCUUUUAUAACGCAUGCUGGUCUUCUUAGCACUCAUGAGGCUGUUUGGUGGGGAAAACCAAUGAUUGGAAUACCAAUAUUUUGUGAUCAACAUCGAAAUCUGGCCAAAUCAAUUCAUUCUGGUAUAGCCAUUAAAUUGCCUUAUCAGACAAUAUCCAAGGAAACUGUUACAGAAGCUCUGAAUGAAAUUUUGACCAAUGAAAAAUAUACCAAAAAUGCAAAAAUACGAUCAAAAUUGUUCCAAGAUCAACCACAAAGUCCUCUGGAUCGUGCAAUAUUCUGGGUAGAAUGGACAAUUCGUCAUAAAGAUAAUUACACAGCUAUUGAGUCGCCAGUAAAAACAUUGGGACCGUUCAAAGCAAAUAUGUUUGAUAUGAUAUCAGCUCUUGCACUAGUUUUGGUAGUUUUUGCGUAUUUUUUGGGGAAAUAUUGUAAAAAUGGUGAAAAAUCUCAUGUGAAAAAGGAUUAA